CACUCCAACUUCACCAGGAAACCGUCAGUCCUCAUUGCUGAUUGACAAUGCCCUCAGACAUCUGAAGUCAAAGUAACUGACAGUCUGAACCGUCAGCGUCACCCAGAGAGAACAUGGCCUCCAGGUCGGAGGAAAACCUCUUGUGUUCCGUUUGCCAGGACAUUUUCAAAGACCCGGUCCUCCUGUCGUGCAGCCACAGCUUCUGCCGGGCCUGCCUUCAGUCGAGGUGGGCGCAGCAGGAAACACGACCGUGUCCGUGCUGCAAGAGGAAGUCAUCGUGGAGCAAGCCUCCUCGCAACCUGGCGCUAAAGAACCUGUGCGAGGCCUUUCUGAGGGACGAGGAGCGGUGGGCAGCAGCCGGGCCCGAGCACAUGUGCAGCCUGCAUGGCAAGAAGCUCCAGCUCUUCUGUCUGGACCACCAGGAGCCGGUCUGCUUGGUCUGCCGGGACUCCAGGACUCACAGAGACCACCAGUUCAUCCCCAUCGAUGAGGCGGCCCAGGAACUCCGCCAGGAGCUGCAGAGAGACCUGACACCCCUCCGGGAGAAGCUGACGCUCUUCCAGCAGGUGAGGGAGGACUGCCACCACACGGCAGGAUACCUCCAGGUCCAGGCCUCGGACACCGAGAACAAGAUCCGGCAGCAAUUUCAGAAGCUUCACCAGUUCUUGGAAGAGGAAGAAAAGGCCAGGGUGGAGGCGCUGAGGGAGGAGAAGGAGCAGAAGAGUCAGGCGAUGAAGGAGAAGGUGGAGGCUCUGACACAGGACAUGGACAUUCUUUCAAACAUGAUCAGAGCGACGGAGACAGAGCUGAGAGCCGGAGACGUCUCGCUGCUGCUCAACCACAAGGUGGCAACCGGGAGGGUCAGGCAGGGCCCGGUUCUGCAGCGGGUUCCAGGGGCUUUGAUAGAUGUGGCCAAACAUCUGGGCAACCUGACCUUCAACAUCUGGAAGAAGAUGAAGGACAGAGUGCGCUACAGUUCCAUGAUCCUGGAUCCAAACACCGCCGACCCAGAGCUCGUCGUGUUUGACGACCUGCUGAUCUUCACAUCCGCGGGGUUGCAAAAGCUGCCGAGCAACCUGGAGAGGACCAGGUUACCCGGCAUCGUCCUGAGCUCCGAGGGGGUGAAGUCAGGGACUCACGAGUGGGCCGUGUAUGUUGGACGCAACGCUGACUGGGAGGUGGGAAUGCUGGAAGCUGAUGGUGGCGACACAGCAGAGCCGCGGCGGUGGAGGAUUUCACUCAAGGACGGUAGAUACAAGGCGUUGGCUGGAUCGGGCUCGGAGCAAGACCUGCAGGCGGGGGCGCCCCAGAGGAUCUUGGUUUAUCUGGACUUUGACAAGGGAAAGCUGUGGUUCCGGGAUAUUUUAAGAAAGACAGCCAUCCACACCUUCACGCACACGUUCACGGGCACGCUGUUUCCUUACAUGUACACCCAGAGUUCAGGCCCACUGGAGAUCCUGCCAUUAAAGUUUUCCGUGACGACACCGAGUUGGGAAGAUUAGGAGGUGGGACCAGACCCUGAACCCCAAGACGAGUCAACAUCGUCGUAUCAUCGUCUGCCUCGUUUGCAUUUCACAUUCUUGUCUGACUUGUGGACUUGUGGACUCUGACCGGGACUCGUUCAGCUCCAGCGUGUCUCAGCGUUUCAGUUCCAGAUUAAAAUGUUGGCUGAUCUGUGAAUGUGAAUCCAGGAAAGAUGCUUCUGGAUUAUGAUCUAACAGUAACUCAUGUUGAUUGAUAAAUUUGAUUGGUCAUGUGACUGGUGACGGGACCGUUGUCUCAGACAAUCUUGUAAAUACUGAUGACUGAUGUGUGAUAAACAAGCAAAGCCACUCUAUGUAGAAAUACCACGUCUGGCCUCAUGGGGGCAGCGCUCACAAGACGAAGUUGUGUUACAAGAAGUUUCCUUGUUUCCACAUUUUCUUGUUUCCUCAUUUUCUUGUUUUCUUUGGAAGUGAGAGAAAGAACAGGUCAGGGAGGACGGACGGGACACGCCCGCUUGGCUGACCCGGCUGGUUGCCAUGGAAACACUCAUAACUAUCAGAGCUACCCUGGGACAAAGGUUGGGUUGCAGUCGGGUCCGCCUCCCGGCGGCUGAUUGGCUGGAAGUGUCCUGAGAUGAUCGGGUGAUUGAUCCCCACUCACCAGUAGAUCUAGAUCUCCCCCACCUGGUCAGAUGUGGUACUGCUACGAGAAGAGUCUUAAAAGCUGCCGGUAAAACUUGGUGGUUGAGGGAAAUGAAAUAAAAGUAUUUCAUUCUUUUAUUUUGGACUUGGAUAUUUAAAGGACUUGUCAAAGUCCUUUAAAUAUAAAAGAUGUAUGCUCUUUUAAAACUGCCUUAAUAAUGUAAUUUACCUUUUUUGUGAGAUGAAAUUCACUUUGACUUUGGAACACAGGGACUUAUAAAUACACACAGAUAAAUAUAUAUUUGGUAUUUGGAGCUAAUUAAUUUUGGAGUGAUUUAUAAAGGUUGUGGAUGAAAUAAAAUAAAUGGAAACAUCUUGAUCAGGAGUAUGUGGAUUAUCUUCAACUAUCCAGAUAACAACAACAACAACUGAU